CACAGUGCAUCAUGGGAAUGGGCGGAGCUGCAGAGCUCUUUUGAUGGUUUUCUAAUCCAGUGCUGAAUUUUCAUUUUUUGGGUGAACUGUCCCUUUAAGUUAUACGUCAUGAGUCGUGAAACUCCUCCACAACAGUAGGAGGCGCUCGUGAGCACAUAUCGACGGGCGUCAAACACGCGCUCCGCAUCUGAAGAAGACAGACAAUUGGUGCACGCGACGUGUAGUUUGAUAUCAGAGAAGAAAUAUCGAUCAGUUUAUCACUUGAAGGUAUUAUAAUCGAUCAUACAGGAUGAUCGCAGCGCGCUGGCUCGUGUCUAACAGGACAAUGUUCAGGGCGGGAGUUCGGUGCUGUAAUCGAGCUUUACAGAAGAAGGUCAUUCAUGUUUCAAACGACUGUAAUAAAACAAAAACAUUCACAAUAACAACACAAAACUACACAACAACAGCUGGAAACAGCACAACAGAUCAUCAGUCCAGUUUAACCGCAGAUGAAUCUGAACACCAUCAAACCAGGUCUGUGGAGGAGUUUGACGUCAGGAUGUUGGUGUCAGUACUCCGACAGGAGAACGCUGCAGAUAUCUGUGUCAUCAGAGUCCCUCAAGAGCUGAAAUACAGCGAUUACAUGAUCAUAGUGAGCGGAUCAUCUCCUCGACACCUCACCGCCAUGGCCGAGUUUGUGCUUAAAGUGUUUAAGUUCCUGCGGAAGGACGGCGACCCGCACGUGCGUCUGGAGGGACGGGACUGUGACGACUGGAAGUGCAUCGACUUCGGAUCAAUAGUGGUUCACUUCAUGCUGUCCGACACCAGAGACACGUAUGAACUGGAGAAGCUGUGGACGCUGCGCUCACAUGACGACCAGCUCAGCCGCAUCCCACCGGAAACACUUCCGGCAGACUUCAUUUACGAUAUUAAACACAAAUGAGAACGUUUACCGGACACUUGAUCGGACUGCUCCAUCACCUCCAUCACCUCAGUUUAAUCACAACCUUUGAAAAUAAAACUUUUUUGUGAAUGUUAUAAAAAGUGAAACUGUGUUUGCGACCCUUAAUUAAAAUAUACAUUUUAAAUAUUUGAGCAAUUUAUUGUGAAACGGCACACUGAUAAACACAAUGACAACAUCUGUGGACAAUAUGCUAAUUUCCAGUUAAAAUAUCCCAUAUUUACUGUGUAUUAUCACAUAAAUGUGUCUUUCAGAGGCUUUAUAUGGAGUUAUGAUGAAAAUAAGCUGCAUUUAAACUGUUCUGAGACCAGUGCAGACAGACAGCACACUGGAGGUUAAGUCAUGCACUAAAUAGGGAGCAAGGGAGCAUCCUAUAGCUCUCCUAUAACUGUUCUGAGACCAGUGCAGACAGACAGCACACUGGAGGUUAAGUCAUGCACUAAAUAGGGAGCAAGGGAGCAUCCUAUAGCUCUCCUAUAACUGUUCUGAGACCAGUGCAGACAGACAGCACACUGGAGGUUAAGUCAUGCACUAAAUAGGGAGCAAGGGAGCAUCCUAUAGCUCUCCUAUAACUGUUCUGAGACCAGUGCAGACAGACAGCACACUGGAGGUUAAGUCAUGCACUAAAUAGGGAGCAAGGGAGCAUCCUAUAGCUCUCCUAUAACUGUUCUGAGACCAGUGCAGACAGACAGCACACUGGAGGUUAAGUCAUGCACUAAAUAGGGAGCAAGGGAGCAUGUUUGUAUCACUCAACAUGUUUGACACACAUGGGACGAUGAUCAUCAGUUCAUAGAUUCAACAUUUAUAAUGGAUCAUUUUAUUUGAACAUGAUUGACAGUGAUUGGAUGAUGCUGGACGUUACUGUAAAUCUGAAUUAAUUAUGCUAAUGAUGUAAUGUCUGUAACAUGAAUAAUCAACACUUCUGCAAACAUCAUAAACUAUUUGAUUAAAUAAU